GCGGCGGCGGAGGAAGAAGCAUGGCGGAGGCUGCGGGUGCAAGCGAAGCGAUGUCUGAGCUGGAGUGCGGCAUCUGCUGCAUGCCCUACGACUGCUGCGAGCGAGCGCCCCGUCAGCUGGGCAGCACGCGGGGCUCCUGGAAGCCCUCGUGCUGCCGCCAUGUGAUCUGCACCGCCUGCAUCUGCCGGCUGGCCCGCGAGAGCUGGUGGGAGCAGGUCAUGUGCCCCUACUGUCGGACCAUCACUUCCCUCCGCGCGGGCAGCAAGACGGUGACGGCCGGCCUGAGGCGCUACACCGGCGGCUGGAGGCGGCGGCUGAUCAUGCCGCCCAUCGUCAGCGAACUCUGGCAGCAGGUCAUGCUCCAGAAGCGAGAACAGGACCAUCCCGCCUGUCUGGAGAGCUUUACCGAGGACGACGACGACGACGACGACGACGAGGAGGAGGAGGAGGAGGAGGAGGAGGAGGAAGAAGAGGAAGAGAAUGAGAAUGGCGAGGUCAUACAAUGGCGCCCCUGGCGGACGCUAAAAAAACUCCUAAAGGGAGGAGGAGGCCAAGCGCAUGCGCGCGGUGGGAGAGGGCGGGUACGUGGUGGUUCCGGCUCCACGUGGCGGAGACAGCAACCAAUCAACUGUUCGGGAAUGAAGGACUUGGCCCUCGUGACUUGCUAUGUCGUCUGAAAAGCCAUGGUCACUGUGCACGGACAAAAAGUAUUUUUGUGGUCAAUUUGUAUCAAGGGGACUGGCUAUCUGGAGAAGGUAGCUGCGUCCUCCCAGGAUGUUGUCUUUUUGGGUUACUAGGGGGCCAAUGUUGACAGUGGCCCAAGAAUGGACAGAAAUUAUUUCACCACUUCUCACUGUGAAAUACAAGUGACUGCAGGAGUUCCAGCAGAGGAAAUUAUUCUGUAACACGAAGAACAUUUAAAACAUUGUGAAGACUUAAUUUAUAUUAAUAGUUGCCUCCAGAAGCAGAAUGGACUUUUUUUUUCCAGGAAUCUUAUUUCUCUGGUUGGAUUGGAACUUUCUUUGCAUCAUAGACCUGAAAUGGGGAAAAAAAAACAUCAAACCUGACUUUUAGGAAUAUCUCUGGUCUGUAGGAGGAGGAAACUUGACCUCUUGAUCUUGUUUGGUUUCUUAGACGAGGAACUGAAAUAAAAUAUGUCCAAAGUUUCAACAGCUCCCGA